AUGCCCAAACGCAAGAUCCAGGAAAAUGCAAAGGGUCCUGCGAAGAAGACAAAGACUACUCCCAAGAAGAACAAGAAGAGUGGCGAUGGCGAUGGCGAGGGCGAGGCUGUCACCUAUACUCGAGUCCACCAAGGAGCAGAGCUUGGUCUAGCGGUUCAACCUUCUCUAACUUUAAUCCUCCUAAUUUCCUUUCCCUCUUCCUCUCACUUUGUCAACCUACGGUUUACCCCGCCCAACAGCCCCGCGGUCAGCCCCGCUGUUGUCGCGCAGCUCGAGCCCACCGCGCAACCUUUCCAACUUCAGGAAUAA